CACCCCACCUCGCGUAAUUGUAUACAGUAACUGCGACACUAGAGGUUGCGAUAUGUUUCGUUGCUAAUCUGUCACCAUCAUGAAGGCCAACUUUUUCAUCAUAUUAAAUCCCAGUGCAACUGCGUGGGGAGGCGGCCUUAAAGCGGCGUUUUACGUGCAGUUUACUCAAUAUUUAAAUCCACAAAUUUGUCGGUUUACCCGAUCUAUGCACCGCAUUCAGCCACUUUCGGGUUUUCAUGAUUAACAUAUCAAUAAACAAAUUCCGUCUAAAACGAUGAAUCCGUUCAGUUUCAAAAUAAGUCAUUACAGAUCCAUCUCAAGUAUUCAAAUAGUCAAGCUAGCUUUUUCCGCUAAUGAUUUACCAUUGAACUCAGCCUACAUUAAUGUAACCUAACUGGCUUUUUGCGGUUAGUUUAAGCCUACUAGAAAUGCAAAUUGUUGCAAUUAAAGUAGCGUGUUCUACCGUGUUUCGUUAAUGUAGGCAUAUACAUUUCCCUGAACUGUACAAUUAUUCAGUUUAUUUUAAACAUGACAACGAAAGUGCGCGACUUAGUGAAACCUAAGACUUGUCCCUCCUGUUUAUUGGCGGGCCAAUGGCAAGAAGCUGUGAACAACCUCCUCCGUGCACUCUGCUAUUUAGUAUCUGAAAUUGGGAUAAAGUUUCCAAAUAAAUAAUAACAGAGAAAAACUUCCCUCAUACGAAAAGUUAUGUAAGAUUAGAAUUUCAUUUGAGAUGUGAACAUCAUAACAGAUAAACGGGAGCAAGGACACGGCAAUUUAUUAAAAUCUGCCUGGACUUUAUUAUUGAAAUAAUCUCCAAAUCCGAAUUCAAAGUGGAGACGCGUUUUUACUGCGUUCCUGAGUUUCCUUUACAAAAGAGGAAUGGAGGAAAGUUCCAGCUCCCCGGUCUCCCCAGUCUCCCCGGUGGAUAGUGAGGAGGAGGGAGACAGGCAGCAAAAGCGGCUCGGCAGGAAAAGGCGACCCAGCAAAAAACAGUGCGAGGACAGCAGCCCCGUUUCGAUUAAGCGGGCCAAGAAGGCGAGUCCGAGUCGCACGCACUCCUACGAGGAGCUGCAGAACCAGCGGAUUCUGGCCAACGUCCGAGAGAGGCAGCGGACACAGUCGCUGAAUGAAGCCUUCGCGUCCCUGCGGAAGAUCAUCCCGACGCUGCCCUCGGAUAAGCUCAGCAAGAUACAGACACUGAAGCUGGCCUCUAGGUACAUAGACUUCCUGUACCAGGUGCUGCAGAGCGACGAAAUGGACAGCAAGAUGUCCAGCUGCAGCUACGUGGCUCACGAAAGGCUCAGUUACGCCUUCUCGGUGUGGCGGAUGGAGGGAGCCUGGUCCAUGUCGGCGUCCCAUUAGCCGUCGGAGACGCUCAAUCGUUUACUUCUGUGUCAGAAGAUACAGAAGGAUUUAUCGAAGAACCCACGAACGCCGAGCGUUAAGGACGAGAAAUGACUGGAUUUAAAUUGAACGCUCGGUGCCACGUUUUCUAUACAGCUCUGCACCACAGUAUUACAGCGAGUCAAAUUAUCUUCCUCAGGACCUACCCUACUUCACCGAAACUUUUUCAUUCAGGAAAAUAUUGUUUUUCUCCGGGAUCUCUAUCUUUUGCUUUAAAAAUGAAAUUUAUGAGGAUUUUGUACCUACCUGUGUGAGUACAUUUUGAAGGAAUUGGUUGAAAUUGGAAUAGGCCCAAUGCAUUCUUGAGGAAUGUGAUGCAUGACAUGAAAAAAUAGACAACAUUAAACCUUCUUCAGCAAUACUGCCCUGUUCCGUCCAUUGUAAAAAAAAACUGCAUUAUUAUUUAUUGAAUCAAUCGUUUUUUGAAAAAGCUGAGAACCGUGGAUUGUUUCACAAUGAAAUUGAAGAGUGUGCUCAUUUUCCGAGUUUUAAUCAUUUAAUCUGUAGGCCUAUUUAAAAGUCGAAGAAGGAAAGACGAUUAUGCCUUACAGAACCGAUAUGGUUGGUCUGUAUGCGUGUGAAAACACAAACCCCUUUUCUGUACUUUAGAGCAGUGUUUGGUGCCAAACUGUCAAUCCUUAAAGAUGUUGGAAAAAUAAAUACAUUUUAUUUUGCCUAA